GGAAAUAAAGCCAGUGAAGUUAAAGCAAACUUCAUCUCCAUUUUGGAAAACGAAGUAGAAGAGAUUAGCCAAAGUCAAGACGAAUUCCAAUAUAGCAGUGAUUUACAUAAAGAUUCAAUGAAAACUAAUGGCCCGUCCACAAACUAUCCCACGUGUGACUCGACGUGCAGUAAUUUAAAACAAUAUCUAUUGAUAAACGAUCUCAUGAGUAAAUUCAUGCAAAGAAUAGACGACAAGGUCGAGGGGAUUAUGCAAGAAGUAAACAAUCUGAAGGCCAAUACAAGUCAACAAGAACGAAUUGAUCUGAUCAACAACCUCAAACGGGAAAUCGACAAACUUAAAAAUAAAAAACUUAGAAUUACGCCAAAGAAAUGCGACUAUAUCGUACGCUAUGGCAGACUUGCAAGCUAA